AUGGCGCCGAUCGCCUGGGACAGGGUUCCAAAUGCCGAAGCGCUCGUUGCCUUUGAGUUUGCUUCACGAGAGGCCAUUGCCAAUGGCAACACUUCGGGGAGCGACGAGGCCACUGGUCUGCUAGCAGCUGCUGAGACAGCAGGCUGCUUAAAGCAAGAUGAGGCAGAUGCAUCUGCUCGAGCGGCCCUGAAGCGUGCGACAGAGGCAAAUGACCUGCAGAGUCAGGCAGCUGCCCAACUCUUGCUCGCCGGCCUAGCUGCAGGGACCCAUGCUGCCAUUGAGGCAGAGGAGCGUGCCGCCGCUGCCAAAGCGCUCUUCCAGAAAGUAGGUGAUCCAAUGGGCGAGGCCAAAUCAUCAUAUUUUCAAGGUUGGGCGAUAGCAUGCAAAGGCAAGUUCGAGGAGGGCAUCGAGAUCUGCACAGAUGCGGCUAUCCGCUUUCGACAGAUGGGUGUCAAGAAGCUGGAGGCUCUUGUGUGCUACGGCAUGGGAAGGCUCUUUUUGACCCGCUGCAUGCCACGGGAAGCUUCUGAGCUGGCGGAGGAUGCUGUAAUCGGGCUCAGGACGUUGCAGCCGCUGCAAUCCAUGUUGCAGGCUUACGCUGCAGAUCUACUGGUGCAGGCCUUCAUUUUGAAGGGUGACAGUCGCUCGGCACUGCGCGUGACCAAGAUUUGGACCACUUCAAAGCCAGGGCCGCAAGCGCGAGUGGUGUGGCGUCGUGGCUGUGCGAUACAGGCAUUGGUGGAGCGUCGCGUGAAACCUAUCGUGGAUAAAGAGACCGAGCUGCGAAAGAAAGCUACAGAGGUCGAAGCAGGGAUCGCAGCCCUUCGAGCGAAGGAGGUGGAUUGGCAGCGGCGGAAGAACGAAGCUGAGGAGCUGGUGGCCUUUCAGCUGGCCAAGAAGGAGGAGAGCAGGCUCAACAUUUGUGAUUUGCGCGAUCGGAAGAUUCGGGGCAUCGAGACUCAAAAGGCCAAGAUGUCCGACAUCAAACAAAAGGCCCAAGACAUUGGCGAUGUGAGUAUUGAUGAUCGCCUGGCGCGUGUUCGUGAAAGUACGAGUUUGGAGCAAUAUUUGCAGAGUUGCCCCAACGACGGCAGCGCCUUGCGCGAAUAUGCAGAGCUGCACCACGAGGAUAUUCGACUCUCAGACGAGAUCAAGAGAAUCAAAUCCGGCAUCGCCAAGUUUGAACAGGUUGCUGAACAGCAAAAGGAACUGGCGGAUGACGCCGCGCAAAAGCUGCAGAACUUGCAGGAGGAGUUGAAUGGAAAGGACGAGGAACUGCAAACAGUUUCAACAUCUUUGGAAGAGCUGCAAAAGCAGCGGAAGGACAACGAACUCUAUCAGGACAUCCUGGCGGAAUCUUUGGAACGCACUGUCAAGUGGGUACAGUGUGUGUAUCCUGAUGUGGAGAUCUCCACAGAGAUGCUGCCAGUGUUGAGGCUUCAAAGGCAAGAGAGCAUGAAAGCGGCAUUAUUUUCCUCGCACUCUGUGGAGCUGUUGCGCCUCAACUGCUCUGCUUGUGAACUGCGAGUACUUGCAGCACUUGCGCGUCCCGGUGGGCCGGAUGUCUUGGAGCAAUUGGUGGAUGCAGGUGCUUCAGCCAAAGAGCUCAAAGACAUGGGCUUCGAGUGCAGAGAUUUGGUGGACUUCUUUGAGGUGACCGAUUUGGUAAAUGCCACAUUUUCCAAGGAAGAACUUGGGGCUUGUCCGAAGAUUCGUGGCGACAUUGGAGGUCUGAAGCAAGCUGGUUACGAGGCCUCUGAACUCAAACCGAUGGGUUUCCGGCUGGCAGAUCUGACGGGCCACUACAAUGCAGCUGAGAUGCUGGGUGCUGGCUGGAGCAAGGAAGAGCUGUUGAAGCACUACCCGCUGAUGGUGUUUGAGCUCAAGCAGCACGGGUACAAAGCCGUCGAGCUGAAAGAGAUGGGCUUCUCGGUCAAGGAGUUGGCUGUGUCAUACACUGCCCAUGAUUUGGUCAAUGCCGAGUUCCCCAAGGACGAGCUGCUUCACUACACUCAGAUUGUACCUGAGCUCAAGCAGACCGGUCUUUCAGCACGUGACCUCCGAAGGUUGGGCUUCACGGCCCAGGAGCUGGAAAUCUUCACGCCACUGGAACUGGUCCGUGCAGGUUUCUCCGAGGACGAGCUUGCCAUGGCGGGUCAGCCACGACGACUCAUUGAGGCUGCCUUUGCUGAAGCCUCGGGGGACCUCACAGACUUUAAAAAGGAAGAACUGAAGGCCGCUGGCUUCACAGCGCGGCAGCUUUUUCCUGAUUCCUUGGGGCCAACCGCGUGGUUUCGAUAUAUGAUGCUUGCUGCAACUGGCGCGGUGCACAACUCCUGUGAAAAUUUUGCUGAAGCGCAGAAAGUCUUGGAGGAGGCCCAAACCUUGACUUCCGAACUUGGAGAUCGCAGGUUGGAGGGCUUGGUCUUGAGGGAACUGGCCUUUGCACAGCUUCAGAGGAACGCUUUGGACGAAGCCUUGGCUGCUUGUGGAGAGGCGAUGACUGCCUACCAGGGCGCUGGUGACCGCCUCGGGGAGGCUUCAGUACUGUCUUGCAUGGUGCAAGUGAAGAUCAAGAAGGAGGACUUCUACGCUGCAUCGCAGGCAGCCAACGAGCAGCGAGCCAUCUUCCAGCAGUUGGGAGAUCGUAGCCGAGAGGCCACGUGCUUGCUGACAGCUGCAGGCUGCCUCAGCAACGACAACAACUUGGACCAAGCACUUGCACUGGCAGACGAGGCUUAUGACAUUUGCCGCGAGAUUGAGGAUCCAGCCGGAGAGGCCUUUGACUUUCAGCCUGAUUCUUUUUGGCCAAAAGAUGCCAAGAGGCAGAAGGACACCCUAAAAGAAACCAAGAAGAACUGA